AUGUUGCUUGUUCAGCUUACCAACGCCCUACUUCAAUCGAUUAACAUAAAUAUGCAAUUAGUAAAUUUGUGGUCAGAUUCAAUUGUUGCAUUACAUUGGGUUGGUAGCUAUCCAGCUAGGUGGCUGACUUUUAUCUCAAACAGAGUAGGACAGAUCCAAACCUUGAUGCCAUCAGCAGUUUGGCGAUAUGUUCCAUCUGCAGACAAUCCAGCAGAUGUGGCCUCAAGAGGUUCAAAUGGAUAA